AUGUCCGGACUCGACGUAGAAGCGUUGCUCGAGUCAACGGCCGCUCCUACCGAAGCGACGACCAAACCUGAUGAGCGCGCAGACCAGGAUGGACGCCGGGACCGUUCCAUUUCCCGUGAUAGAAACCGCCGCCGAGAUCGCAGCCGAGACCGUCGCCGUGACCGAGAUGCCGAUGGCGAUGAGGACAUGAAAAGCGAACAUGGCAGUGCUAACGGAAGUCAGAGAAGCCGGAAGAGGAGCCGUAGCCGUGAGAGUGACCGACGUCGCCGUCGUGAUGCAAACGGUGAUGACCUCCGCUCCAGCGGCGACUUCUACCGUGGUGGAGGUCGCGCUCGUACUCGUUCGCGCUCGCCCAAUGAUGACCGACACUACCGUCCUAGCCGUCGUGGCGGGCGUGACGAUGACCGACGCCCUCGCCGUGAUCGAGACCGCCGUCAACUCAAUGAAGAUGAGCGGGACAAACGAACUGUUUUUGUGCAGCAGCUUGCUGCACGUCUGAGAACAAAAGAGCUGAUGGCCUUUUUCGAGAAGGUCGGCCCCGUCAAGGAGGCUCAAAUCGUUAAGGACCGUGUCAGUGGACGAUCCAAAGGUGUUGGUUACGUGGAAUUCCGAAGCGAAGAAUCCGUCCCCGCUGCGAUCCAGCUUACCGGCCAGACGCUCGUAGGCAUUCCCGUCAUCGUCCAGCUUACCGAAGCCGAAAAGAACCGUCAAGCACGUAACCCGGAGGCCAGCUCGAGCUCUGGACACUCCGCACCAUUUCACAGACUCUAUGUGGGUAAUGUUCAUUUCAGCAUCACUGAAACCGACCUCCAGAAUGUCUUCGAACCAUUCGGCGAGCUCGAAUUUGUUCAGCUGCAAAAGGAUGAGACUGGUCGGAGCAAGGGAUACGCAUUUGUGCAGUUCCGUGACCCAACACAGGCUCGAGAUGCUCUAGAGAAAAUGAACGGAUUCGAUCUUGCUGGUCGAGCCAUCCGAGUGGGUCUUGGCAACGAUAAGUUUACCCCCAAUGCGAGUGCGACUCGUCCGCAGGGCCCUUCUGCAAACCAAUCCAGUUUCCAGGGCUCUUCAUUCUCAGGUCACGGAGGUCGUGGCGUCCAAGCCGGCGGCUCGAACAACUUUGACCGGGCCGGCGGCGGCAGAGAACCCGAAAAAUCUACCGGUGCCAGUGCUCUCGACGACACAGAUGUUUCAGGGGUGAACUUCAACAAUUACAGUAGAGACGCGUUGAUGAGGAAACUCGCACGUACAGAUGAACCCGAGCCUCCCAUUCACGAGCGACAGAAGAUGCUCCGACCCAAAACUGACAUGAAGCCGCUGCCUGUCACCGUAAACCAGGCAAGCCGCUGCGUGAUGCUGCGCAAUAUGUUUGAUGCUAGCGAAGAGGAAGGAGAGGCUUGGAUCAAAGAGUUGGAGGAUGACGUUCGCCAAGAGUGCGAAGAAAAGUACGGCCAUGUUGUUCACAUCUCACUAGAUCCGAACUCCCAAGGCGACAUCUAUCUGAAGUUCGACCGUGUCCAAGGCGGCGAGAAUGCCAUCAAGGGACUGAAUGGUCGAUUCUUCGGCGGCAGACAGAUCACCGCCCAACCCGUUGUGGACGCCGUCUACAGCAGUCUGUUUUCGCGUACUCGGGCCAUAUAA